AUGGCUACACCUGAGGGGAACUCAACAUAUGUGGUGUCAUUUAUUCUAACUCCUUAUGGUAACAUUGGGCUGGUGAAAUAUUUGUAUUUCACGCUUAUAUUUCUUUGGUAUUUUUCAAUAAUUGUGGCUAACACUUUUCUUGUUGUGGUCGUGUGUGUGGACAAAAAACUUCAUGAACCCAUGUACUUGUUCCUGUGCAGUUUGUUACUUAGUGAACUGUUUGGCAGCACAACUGUGUAUCCUUGUCUACUGUCAAAUAUGCUUUCAGAUACACAUGAAGUGACUCUAACAUACUGUUUCCUGCAGAUAUUUUGCCUUUAUUCUGCUGCUUCUGUUGAGUUUUGCAGUUUAGCUGCUAUGGCAUAUGACAGAUAUGUGUCUAUCUGCCAUCCUUUACAUUACCAUGUCAUUAUGAACAACAGGAGAGUGUGUAAAAUUAUUGCUCUCAUAUGGGUAUGUUCAUUUAUCAAUUUCACAGUUUCAUUUUCUUUCACAGUUCGCUUGAAAUUUUGUGGGAAUAUUAUCGACAAAGUGUUCUGUGACCACUAUUUGUUGACCAAACUUGCCUGUUCAGUGACAACAGUUAAUGAUAUAGCUGACCUACUUUUCGCCUUUUUUGCAAUUGUUCUUCCACUGAUCCUCAUUUUUUACUGUUACUUCAAGAUUCUGACUGUCUGUUUGAGAAAUUUCAAAGACACCAAGCAGAAAGCCAUCAGCACCUGCACGCCUCAGAUUGUCUCGCUCGUAAACCUGUUUCUUGGCUGCAUUUUUCACUUUGGUGAUACUAGACUGGAAAAAACUGUAACUAAUGUACCUGAGAAACUGCGCAUUAUCUUGUCAGUGUACCUGCUAAUUUGUCAGCCAAUUCUAAGUCCUAUCAUGUAUGGGUUUAAUUUGCCAAAAAUUAGAAAUGCUUGCAAAGGAUUUGUGUUUUACAGAAAAUAA